CACCAGCGGCGGCCCCGCCCCGCCGCACCGGGGAGGGGCGGGGUCUCCUGCCGUGGCCGCAGCCCCGCGCUGUCCAGCACGCCGGGGUGCCCGCUCCGCGCUUCUCCGCGCCGCUCCGCGCCUCCCGCCGCCAUGUAUCUCUGCAGGGCCGCCUCGCAGGCGCUGGCUUCUCGCCUGAGCAGGGCUCCCUCUGCUGCGAGCCGCCUCAAGCAGCGUGCACCUCUCCGUCAGAUGUCAUCUGGGAGUGUUCCUGGCUCUUCUGGAGAGAACAUGAUUUACUAUCUCCUUGCUGGUGUUGCUGCUUUUGGUGGUUUAUUUUAUGCCUACAGAGUAGUCAGUUCAUCUCGCAGCAACUAUAUUGAACACAUGAAUAUUCUUCAAGAGAGAGCUGAGGGGCGGAAAAACAAACCCGGGUCAAGCAAGGGUGAUGAAGAAGAGACGGCUGAAGUCACUGAAGCAGAGGCAGCCACAGAAGAGGCUGAUGCAGUCACUGCUGCUGGACCUGCAGCAGAGGAUGAGAGUGCUGGGGUAUCCCCAGAAACUGGAGGGGAGAAUGAUUUAUCAGCUCCGGAUGCAUCCCCUGCUGUGGAGGAGACACAGCAGGAAGCUGCUGCUAAUUCAGAAGCUGCUGCUAAUUCAGAAGCUGCUGCAGUGCAAGAAACUGUGAGUGAAGUCUUGGAUGUUGCAGCUUCUUCUGCCCAUGAGGAAAACUUAGACAGUGUCAAGGAAGGAGUAGCCUCAGCAGCUCAAGAGAUUUCUGACACAUCCUCAAGGAGCCAGGACGUUGAUGCUGAGGAGUCGGGGCAAGCUCCAGAAGGUGCAAGAGUACAGCUGGUUUCUGUGGAGGAGAAGACACCUGAAGAAGUUGCUAAGGAACCCUAAAGUAAGCAGUGCUGAAGCCUUUGAAAAGUUUAAUGGAAAUAUUUGUGGCAAUCAAGCAGAUGAUUCCUGUGUGAAACCUCAUACUCUUCCUCGGAGACGUAAAAGAAAUUGUGCAGUUUGUCAUACCACACACUGCCCAUUAGAACCAGUACUCAUUGUUGCAACACACAACCUAAUACGAUUUAAGUUGGUUAGAGACGCUUCUGUGAUUAACAUCUCUGCUUUAGAAAGUAGCAUCCAGUAAUAAGUGUCAAAGCACCACCCAGCAUGUAAUAAAUACAAGUGCUAAGAGAAGCAGUAGACUUAACCAAAACCAUGUCAGGUGAACUCGUUCUAGGUCUUUAUUGUCUUGUUAUGUACAUUGAUUUCUUUUGGUCCAAACUGAGGUGCAUAAUUAUACCAUUGUAACAUUCCAUGCUAAAAUAGAAGUAAAAGGUUUUAACUAAGUGAAAAUCUUAUAAAAAUUACCUGUUAGUAUUUUUAAAUUGGGUCAUGGGGAAAAUAACAACCUUAUUUGCUCCCAAGUCUGGAUUAGCAAGUAUAAGCAUAGGACAUUUUGAAGUAUAAGAUCUAAUGUUCCCCCUGCAUAAACAUCUCAGAUGCUACCCUUCCUGGCACAAUAAUAUCCAGGAGUAAACAUUUUUAAGGCUCCUGUUUUGAGAACAAAACCCGUUUGCAAGUGGUAGCAAUAGGUACUUUAUAGCAUGAAAAUCAGAACACCCCCAGUUGAAGUUAUCAUCAUCGACCAAAGCGGUGGCUCCUACCUUGGGGCUGCUGGGCGCUGUUCCCACCAGACCUCGUGCAGCUUGCUGUGCAGCUUGCUGUAGCCUUUCUGUGUUGUCUUGUCUCAGCAGUGGCAGGCAGCAGCGGCAUACCAACGCAGAGGUUUGAGAGAACACUCUUGUACAGCUCAUGAGCAGUUUAGGCUAUGGUAAAGCUCCUCUCCAAGCGCUUGCAGGUGGCCAGCAGAAUCCCCAUGGAAGGCUAUGCCACAGGCGUUCAAAUGGACAGGUAUUCUUGGGGACUAAUAAGGAACAGGAUAGCUAAAUAAUUUUGUCUUGUUAGUAUUAUCUUAAUAAAAUUAUCUAUCAUGAAUAAUGGGUUUGCAUGACACUGUUCUAACACUCCAUUGUGCUAUGGGCACGUGCAUGAGAGUGAAUCUACUACAGCACUUUUACUGAGACCCCCACCUGCUAAAAAGCUUUACAGCCAUCGCAGAAUGGCGAUAAUUCUAAACCAGGGCAAAUAAGGUAUAUUAUACACAAUGUAUAUAGGAAGUGUCAAUUAUAAGGUGUACCUGACUGCUUUCUCUUCAAGCAGAAGUUUGGAAACAUGUUGAAAGGGAAAUGACAGCAUUAUGACAUUCCCACCCUGGCACAAAGCAACACAUGCUCCUUCCCCCAUUGUAAAGUAAAUUAUAAUAGUGUUCCAACAGAAAUACAGCUUAUUGCCCCUGUACCUGCUUGGGAAUAACUGGAAUAAUGCAGAGGCAAAAUCAGGCUCCUGAGCUUCAAGAAGCCAUACCACAGCCUUCUGCUUAGAGGAUAAAGCCACUGCGAUUAAAAGCAAUUUUUGUAGACAAAGCUACUGGAAUAAAAGUCUUAGACUGGCA